AUGAGGGUCCGUCUCAUUCCAGUCGCCCUAGUGGCUGUUGGCAUAUUCAUUUUGAGCUGGGCCGCGCUAUCUAAAGGCUGGAGAGGCUCCGGUGAAAAUGUGGCAUUCUGUGCGGAUUGCUUGGGCUAUGUCAGAGAUGUCGAUACGAUGUUCCAGAAAAAUACUGGAGCUUGGGCCAACUCGCAGUUCUUUCGUUACGCCCUCGAUAAAUCGUGUCGAGGUCGGGUCCUGAUUACCGGUCGAUGUCUACAGUAUCGACGCAGGCUUCUUGAGAAGCCAGCGAUUUUCAUGUCGCGACUUGAUAGUCCAUACGAGGCCUUCAGCACAAGUCAGGGCAGAAGAAGCGGCAUACAACGCCGACAGAACUUGGAGAUCCGCUAUACAUUGCUCAGAAUGCUGAGCAAGAGUCGCAAUGCUGCCUCCCUCAAAGGUGGCGAACCGAUCAACUCAGAGAUUUGUGACGACAACAUCACGCGUUGCUCGGACAGAAUUUGGCGACGCAUUAACCAACGAGAUGGGUUUCUGAAGGCUCAAUGGUCUUGGGCGAUGAGCGCACCACUAUCAAACGAGAACAAAUAUCUUAUAUACAUACCUCCACCAGAGAUCCGAAGCCAAAUAUAUGGCCACGUCUUUGAGCCUCAUGGGAUUGGGCUUGUACCACAGAGCGAGAGAAAGAUCGAAGGAAGCACUCGAGAAGGCUCCGUCCUCAACUAUUUCAUUGACAACUACGGCCACGUAAUUCGGUUACACCCUCCCCAGCCAUGCUUCAUGUCCCUUCCACGAGCGGGACUUGACUUCAUAAUUUUUCCGAUCACCACUUCGAUCGCACAUUCCUCGAUGCAGGUGGAGGAAGCGCUACUCAUCCUAUGCGGUCGGCAAGUUACCCUACAGGAGAUCGAGAGAGCAAGGGCCAAUGUGUCACGAUACAUGGUCUACCCACAGAGCUACGCGGACCAACGGACAGGGCGCUAA